CUGAACUGAACACUCCACUCCUGACAGCAUGAGCUGCUACUAUGGCAACUACUAUGGUGGGCUGGGCUAUGGCUAUGGUGGCCUAGGCUGUGGAUAUGGCUGUGGCUAUGGUGGCUAUGGCUGUGGCUAUGGCUGUGGCUAUGGCUAUGGUGGCUAUGGUGGCUAUGGUGGCUAUGGUUAUGGAUGCUGCCGCCCACUCUGCUACAGAAGAUACUAUUCCUAUGGCUUCUAC